AUGUCCCCCACCGGAGGAGACCCUGGAUGCCAGCCAGCGGCACAACUUUUUGUCGUGGAGCCCACAGCUGCCCAUACGCACACCAUCAUUCUCCUUCACGGACUUGGCUCAAGAGGGGAGAAGUUUGGAUCGGAGUUUUUAGACACUGGGGUCUCGUCCUCUGGCCACAAGCUUACCGAACUGCUUCCUUAUGUCCGCUUCGUCUUCCCCACCUCCAAACGCCGCCGAUCGAAAGCGUUUAGCCGAUCGAUGCUCACACAAUGGUUCGAUAUUGCCUGCAUUGAAGAUCCCUCUCAUCGCCAAGAGCGUCAGUUGAAGGGUCUUACUGAAUCAGCGACCGAGAUUAUAGCCGUCAUAGGGGAUGAACUCCGGCGCGUGCCGCAGCAGAAUCUCAUCAUCGGCGGGCUAAGUCAAGGCUGCGCCAUGGCCCUGGCAGUCCUGCUCUGCUUGGAGCACCCCGUCGGCGGCUUCAUCGGUAUGAGCGGGUUCUUUACUUUUGAGUCCGGCAUGAAUUCCGUGCUCAUAGAUGCUUCCGCGGGCGGUCUUGAACCGACCCACGAGAAUCCGGUCAAGGCGCAGACUUUUGAGCGGGAGCUUUUAUGCCUGGAUGCGGUGAAGGAACCGUCUGCUGAGAGAACUGCUUGCCGCACGCCUGUCUUUCUCGGCCACGGCGCUGACGACGAAAAGGUUCCCUCCCGUCUAGGCGAGGCCGCUGCUGCAAUCAUGCGCGCCGCGGGAUACGAGGUCAACUGGAAAUGCUAUCCGGAACAAGGGCAUUGGUAUAAGAUCCCGGAAGAGAUUGACGACAUUAUCGAUUAUAUUACUCGAGUUGGAUGGAAGAUACAGCUAUAA